AUGGCUCCUGUUUCGAUGCCUCCUGGUUUCCGGUUUCAUCCAACAGACGAAGAGCUUGUCAUCUACUACCUCAAACGAAAGAUUAAUGGUCGGACGAUCGAAUUAGAGAUAAUUCCUGAGAUUGAUCUCUACAAAUGCGAGCCUUGGGAUUUACCAGGGAAAUCCUUGCUCCCAAGUAAAGACCUAGAAUGGUUUUUUUUCAGUCCACGAGACCGAAAAUAUCCAAACGGAUCAAGAACAAACCGGGCGACAAAAGCAGGUUACUGGAAAGCCACAGGGAAAGAUCGUAAAGUAAAUUCAAACUCAAGGACCGUCGGAACAAAGAAAACAUUAGUUUACUAUCGAGGAAGAGCUCCUCAUGGCUCUCGUACCGAUUGGGUCAUGCAUGAGUACCGUCUUGAAGAGCAAGAAUGUGACUCUAAAUCCGGCAUACAGGAUGCGUAUGCACUAUGUCGAGUGUUCAAGAAGAGUGCUUUAGCCAACAAGUUAGAAGAACAAGAACAACAACAUCAUGGAAGGAAAAGGAACAAAGCAACCACUAAUAGUGAACAAUCUAAUUCUAGUACUUGUUUGUAUUCCGAUGGAAUGUAUGAAAACCUAGAAAACUCUGGAUAUCCGGUCUCAUCCGAUACAAGUCUAACUCAAGUUGGUAACAUUUCUUCGUCGGGUAUGGAAACGAUGGAGAACAAAUGGAGUCAGUUUAUGUCGCAUGACAACACGUCUUUCAACUUUCCUGUCGAGCCUACACAGUUUUAUUCUCAAUAUGGAACAAUCUCAUAUCCUCCCUCAAAGGUUGAGAUAGCGUUAGAGUGUGCAAGACUGCAAAAUCGUAUGUUGCCACCUGCGCCACCACUUCACAUAGAAAAUUUUACACAAGGAGAAUAUUUGGUAAACAAUGUAUCUAAUGAUACAGAUGAAAUGUUGAGCAAGAUUAUAGCAUUGGCUCAAGCCUCUCACGAGCCACGGAGCAGUCUAGACUCGUGGGAGGUUGCUUCUGGUUCCGGAAACUUCCAUGGAGAUUUUAGCUGUUCGGGAGAGAAAUUCUCAGGUUCAUGGGUAGAGGCCAACAUGAAAUCUGUAGAUUUGCAAGAACAUCAUGGGAGGUUUAAGGAAGAAAAAAUGGUUGAGAAUUUGAGAUGGGUAGGAGUAUCAAGCAAGGAACUAGAAAAGAGCUUCGUUGAAGAACAUUCGACGGUAGUUCCUAUAGAAGAUAUUUGGAGCUAUCGUAGGGAUGAUCAAGCACAUGAACAUCAAGAUGGUGUGGAAGUUAAUAACAAUGGAGAUGUGGAUGAUGUUUACACACUUGAGUUCUCAGAAAAUGAACAUAAUGAGAAUCAUUCCGACAAGAUAAACAACAACGAUCACGACACAACGAGUUCCCCACGUUUUGAGAUCGUUAAGAAAGUUGAGGUUACUCAAGGAAUGUUUAUUACAACUCGUCAGGUAACAAAUACAUUCUUUCAACAGAUCGUACCAUCACAAACCGUUAUAGUUUACAUAAAUCCAACCGGUGCCGACGAACGUUGUCAUGAAAUGACACAAAAGGAGGAUGUUCAUGUCCUUAAAAAGGUCAAUCCGCGGAUCGAAAGCAUAGUCUCAAGAAUUCUAGGACCGUGGAGAAAACUUUCGAAUGUUCUUUGUUUCAUCCCUACGCUUUUAUUGAUGCGUUGUGUUCAUCAAGGAGGUAACUCUAACAAAAACCGAAGAAGUGAAGGAGAUUGUAAUGAUCGGGGGACAAUACUUAUGAUGAAAAAUGGUGUGGUGAGAAGAAAAUCUUGGACGAAGAAGAAAGAGAAAGGUAUGGGUGAUGAAGAAGGUUUGAGAGUUCAAGAUAGCUUUAUGUUGAAGAAGUUGGGGCUUUCUCUUGCUAUUAUCUUAGCAGUUUCUAUCAUGUGUCUUAUGUAA